AUGGCUUCGAGAAACCCAUCGACGUGGGAUGAGUACGAACGGGGCGCAUCACCCCAACGCUCCGUUAGUAUCGACUCCAACGCCGUCGCUGAAGACCAGUCGCUCCUCGGCGACGACGAGGAGGAUGGCUAUGGUAGCAGUCACCACGGUCUGCGUCGUCGAAGGUCCUCAGUAACGCGACACCUCGCUGCUAUUACCGAUAUUGGCGGCGUCAACAGCAUCCGCUCCUUCACCCGUAGCUGGGCGCGUGCUGCAGGCUUCGCUGAAGUUAUUCCUCAGAGGCCCUCCUUUGUUUUCGCCCCCGACCAGGCCCCGAUUGCCUCCUCGUCGGCCGAAGCGCUCGACUACUCCCGUAGCCAUGUCGAACCCGAGUCCCACCCCAGAACCUCGUUGCUGAGACAGCACCUGGAGGCGACGCCUGAAAACGGCGCAAGCUCUUCGCAGCAGAAUGGUUCUUCUGCCUCUGUUGCGGCGGACAACUCGUCAUACACGGACUUCCGCGACAGGGAACGAAAGGCUGUCGACGACGAAAUGUCGGGCGCCCUUCGUCGAUCUAGCUUCGGCAGCGGCCGCCGGCCGUCACAGUCAAUCUUCGCAGUUGCGCCGCACUUGGCUACCCCGCCUCUCUUUGGGAGCUACGGCUCAUACCAAACAUACGGAACGAUAUCCGACGUAGACGCGCCGUCCAUGGCCCAGGCUGGCGAGCUCUGGCGCCAACAACAGCAAGCAGGUGGGAACGUACCGGACGGAGAGCACCCUCGCAUUCUGGUGAAGGAGGUUGAGCAGGACGGCAAGAUCGUUCUUACCGUAGAGGGCCAGUCGACUUUGCCACAGACCAUCUUCAACUCGAUCAACGUGCUCAUUGGCGUGGGCCUCUUGAGCUUGCCCAUGGGCGUCAAGUACGCUGGCUGGAUUUGCGGUAUGGUCAUUUUGGCCGGAUCUGCCGCCGUCACUGCCUACACUGCGAAGCUGCUGGCGAAAUGCAUGGACCUGGACGCCAGCUUGAUCACCUUCUCCGAUCUGGCGUACAUCUCGUAUGGUCGCAAUGCACGGAUUGCCACGAGUAUCCUGUUUACCAUGGAGUUGUUGGCUGCGUGUGUCGCUUUGAUCGUUCUUUUUGCCGAUUCCCUGGUUCUACUUUUCCCGGGGUUCCUGAGCGUCAACACGUGGAAGGUCAUCUGUUCUUUGGUCAUGGUGCCCCUGAACUUCCUUCCUCUCCGACUCCUGAGCUUCACCAGCGUCAUUGGCAUUCUGUGUUGCAUGAGCAUCGUCUUGAUUUUGGUUGUCGAUGGUCUAAUCAAGCCAACCACCCCCGGCUCACUCAUUCAGCCUGCGACAACCUACCUCUUCCCAGCCAACUGGGGCACCUUGCCGUUGAGCUUUGGUCUACUGAUGAGUCCCUGGGGCGGCCAUAGCGUUUUCCCCAACAUUUACAGGGACAUGCGGCAUCCGCACAAGUAUCCUAGGGCUGUGAAGACGGUGUUUUCGUCGGUGUAUCUCCUGGACGCCUUCACCGCUGUCGUAGGCCUCCUCAUGUACGGUGACAAUGUCAUGGAUGAGAUCACUGCCAACAUUCUCCGAACGAGCGGCUACCCUCGUGCCCUCAGCAUCCUACUGUGCAUCUUCAUCGCCAUUAUUCCCCUGACCAAGAUCCCGCUCAACGCCAGACCCAUCAUUGCCACACUGGAGGUGUUGACCGGCAUCCACCAGCAGGCGGUCUCCGACAACCAGGUCAUGGUUGGCCGAUCCGCGACGUUUCGGGGUGUGAUGAAGGUUGCCAUCAGAGUAGUCACCAUCUUUGUCUUCCUCGUCAUCUCCAUCGUAUUCCCAGCUUUCGACAGCAUCAUGGCGUUCAUGGGUAGCGCCUUGUGCUUCACCAUUUGCGUACUCUUGCCUCUUGCUUUCUACGUCAAGCUGUUCGACAAGGAAAUCACCCCCCGAGAGAGGCUGUUAUGCUACGUCCUCAUGCUCAUCUCGACCGCUUUGUCGGUGGUGGGCACGGUUUGGGCCUUCCUUCCCAAGAGUCUUAUCGGCGCGGAGUGA